AUGGAGGAGCUUCUGAUUCCCAGCGAGGGUGAGGAGGCACGCUCCGAUCACGGCUCUUUCUCACCUGCUGGAUCGCCGCGGAAAACCAUGCUAAAAUAUAUGAAGGAAUUCCUACACGAAACCUUCGACAGCGCCAACCUGAAGCAAAGUGUGAAGGAGUACUGUCGUCGGAACGGGCUUCUGACGCUGUCAGUGUUUGCCGUGGCAACGGGCUGCGUCCUGGGCUUCUUGCUGAGAGGGUUUAACCUGUCCACACAGGCAAAAAUCUAUUUUUCCUUUCCCGGGGAGCUGCUGAUGCGAAUGCUGAAAAUGCUUAUUCUUCCGCUGAUCACGUCCAGUUUGAUGUCAGGACUGUCGUCGAUGGAAUCGAAGGCGUGCUGUCGUAUGGGUGUGCUCACAGUCACGUACUACCUGUGGACCACCUUCAUUGCCGUGGUGGUGGGCAUCAUCCUGGUGCUCAUCAUUAAACCUGGAUACGGGACGGAGAUGGAGAGCAACAGACUGGGGGGGGGGCCGGUCAUGACCUCAGCCGAUGCCCUUCUGGACCUCGUGAGGAAUAUGAUUCCUUCCAACCUGAUCGAGGCGACAUUUCAACAGUAUAAGACGGACCUGAUUCCCAUCCUGAAGACGGUAGACAGCACGGUGCAGCCCAACUUUGUCUACAUCAUGCCGGACGAGAACAACCCGAAGGGUCGCACGGUUCUGCUGGAGCUGACGCCGCCUCCAGACAUUCACUAUAAAACACGGCCAGGAAACAGCCAGCAGAUGAAUGUACUGGGCAUCGUCAUAUUCUCUGCCACCAUGGGUCUGUUACUGGGUAAGAUGGGAGAGCGGGGAGCGCCACUGGUCAACGUGUGCCAGUGCAUCAACGAGUGUGUGAUGAAGAUCAUCAACGCAGCUGUGUGGUAUUUUCCAUUUGGCAUCAUAUUCCUUGUGGCUGGCAAAAUUCUGGACAUGAGUGAUCCGUCGUCCCUGGGGAAAAAGCUGGGCUGGUACGGAAUCACGGUCUUGGCUGGGCUGUUUGUCCACGGACUCGUGCUGUUGCCACUGUUCUACUUCAUCCUGACCCGGAAGAACCCUUUCGUCUUCAUCAGAGGCCUACUGCAAGCCAUGGUCAUCGCUCUGGCCACCUCAUCAAGCUCAGCCACGCUGCCCAUCACUAUGAAAUGUCUGUUGGAGAACUGUCAUGUGGACCGCCAGAUCGCUCGCUUUGUGCUGCCCGUAGGUGCCACCAUUAACAUGGAUGGCACUGCCCUGUACGAGGCUGUGGCUGCCAUCUUCAUCGCCCAGGUCAAUGAAUACGAGCUGGACUUUGGCCAGCUGGUUACCAUAAGCAUAACGGCUACAGCCGCCAGCAUUGGGGCCGCUGGCAUCCCUCAGGCAGGUCUUGUCACCAUGGUGAUAGUGCUAACCUCCGUGGGUCUGCCACCUGAUGACAUCACUCUCAUCGUGGCGAUUGAUUGGAUCCUAGACCGAUUCAGAACCAUGAUCAAUGUGCUGGGAGAUGCUCUUGCAGCCGGGAUUAUUGGACACUUAUGUAGAAAAGAUUUUCCUCCAGACAGGGGCAACAGAGACGGAGGCACAGAGAACACAGGCACCCAGAACAUGCAGAAUGUGCCGCUGACAGAGAUUCCGUUGCUGUCUGGUAAAGACUGCGUGUUUGAGGUGAUCGGUGACACGGUUGUGGAGCGACCAACUGUAUAUUAUAACAUAUGUCAGGUCUGA